CCACUUGCCUCCCUCCUGUCUCCAUCAACAUGGCCAGCAUGAACGAGCCUGCUUCAAACACAGCAUCAUCUCACACUCAGCAAUCCCAAGCUGAAGCCAGAGCAACCUCGUCGAUGCCCGAUAUCAACCAGCUCUCACUCGGACACAACCCAGAUAUCUUCACCAUCAUCUGCUGCAACGACAUCUUCCAACUGGCACUCGACCACAGCACCAUCAAGGUCCUCCUCCGAGUGUGCAAACGAGUCCGUUUUCUCCUGAGCUCCAAGCUGCCUCGCUUCCAUAGCUGGUGUCAGAGCAUCGAGCUACUCAAUCCAGAUGGACAGCUGCGAAUUGGCCUCUCACCGAGCGACAAGAUUGCCAUCUCGCUGCACUGCGAUGAUCAAGAUACAGCCGACCGAUCCUGGCUUGAAGCUCAAGCCGACCAGGGCAAUGCUGCUGCAUCGUAUCUCUUGGCGCGGAUUCUCCGAGCCGAUCUCGAUAAGCAGCUGUCUGUGAGGACAGAGCAUCAAGCCAUCAAGCAGCAAAUCUUCCAACACCUGAAGAAGGCGGCCGCAGACAACAACCACGCAAUGGCACAGUUCCACCUGACCGAAUGUUAUCGCAACGGAACUGGCGUCAGCCAAGACCACACCAAGGUUGUCCAGUUGUACCGCAGUCUUGCUGAACGUGAGAUGCCCCAGGCCCAAGUUGCCCUCGGCGGUUGCUACGAGAGUGGAAAAGGUGUCCAUCAAGACUUUGACACAGCCAUCGAGUGGUAUACCAAGGCUGCAAAUCAAGGCAGUGAAGAUGGUCGACUCCAUAUCGUGUUCCUCCGAGGAUGGCUCUCAUUCAUCGGUCAUGAUGUCGAACAGAGCGAUGUCGAUGCCUUCAACCACUGGCAGGAGGUCAGCAAUCAAUCCACCAACCCGGUCCUCAAGCCCAUCGCCGCCCACAUGGUCGGUUGGAUGCACUAUCUCGGCCGGGGUACCAUGCGCGACGAACAGAGGGGAAUCACGAUCAUCCGAGAGAACAGAUCGGCUGAGUUCAAACUCGGAGAGGACGAGUCCCUGGCAGCGUUAUUGAUCGACAUCAAGUCUAAAUCACCCAUAGCCUGCAAGUUCUUCAAUCUCUGCCAUCUGGGAUCGGAACAUGACUGGCUGUGCAGGCAUCUCAUGGCUGUGUGUCUGUUCUAUGGAUUCGGAACCACAAAGGACUGGAAGAAUGCAGCAAGUAACUUUGAGCAACUCGCCAUCGAAGGUCGCAGCGACAGCCAGUUGUGGAUUGGAGUGUGCUACUACUGGGGCCGAGAAAUAUCGGAUUAUCGAAAGAAUUCAUUCGAGUGGUUCAGCAAGUCGGCUGACCAAGGCAACUCGUAUGGACAGUGGAGAGUUGGUUGGUGCUACUAUGAUGGAAGAGGAGUCGCCGAGGACCUCGCCAAGGCAGUCAAGUGGUAUCAUAAGUCGGCCAAACAGGGCAAUCGUUACGGACAAUAUGAUCUCGGUGACUGCUAUCAAAAUGGUUAUGGUGUCCCUAAGAACAUCGACAAGGCAGUCUUCUGGUAUCGCAAGUCAGCCGAGCAGGGUUUCGAUUUGGCCAUCAACAACCUCAAGAAACUCGGCAAGCGGGGAGGUCCUGAUCCCCAAGGGCCUUCCAAAUGCCAAAUCCAAUAGCUAUAUUGCACUACCGAACACGGAACCAGCCAAGCAAACCGCACUGCCAACACCCAUCCCAACCACCACGAUGCCAAAGAGUGGACUUGCAAAGUGGUUCCGAUGAAGCGGCAAUGGCCGAGUGAUG